AUGGCGGAUACCACUGAAGAAGUGGAGCGCAAACCACGCAAGUCGGUAGCUUUCAGCGAAGGGGCCACAAUCAUGGAUGCCAACGGGGAGGUCACAGAGGCGCCUCACGUCGAGAAGAACACGGCCGAAAGCCACACUGCCGACAAGGACGUUGACGAAGUCACCGAACUCUUCAAGGGCCUGUCGAAGAAGAAGAAAACAAAAAAGGCAAAGGAGGAUGGCGAUGCCGAGGGAGGCGAUGAAGCCGCUCCCGCCGCUGACGGUGAACUCGACCUGAGUGCGAUGAAGAAGAAAAAGAAGAAGACCAAGAAGGUCGAUGUUGGAGACUUCGAUGCCAAGCUGGCAGAGGCCGGUGUCACAGAGGAAGGUGGCGAGACGAAAGAAGCAGCUGUGGAUCAACUCCCAGAGGGCGACCUCGAAAAGGGAACUGGCAUCUGGGCACAGGACUGCACACAGGCUAUUCCUUACCAACUCCUCGCCUCUCGAUUCUUCUCCCUCAUCCAAAGCCACCACCCCGACCUUCUAUCCAGCGGUUCGAAAUCUUACAGAAUCCCUCCUCCCCAGUGCCUGCGUGAAGGUAACCGUCGUACGAUUUUUGCCAACAUUGCCGACAUCUGCAAGCGCAUGAAGCGAUCGGACGACCACGUCAUGCAGUUCUUGUUCGCCGAAUUGGGUACCAGUGGCAGUGUGGACGGUAGUCGACGACUUGUCAUCAAGGGCCGUUUCCAGCAAAAGCAAAUUGAGAACGUUUUGCGACGAUACAUCGUUGAGUACGUCACCUGCAAGACUUGCCGAAGCCCCGACACCGAGCUCAACAAGGGAGAGAACCGUCUUUACUUCGUUACUUGCAACUCGUGCGGAUCCCGACGAUCAGUCACAGCCAUCAAGACCGGUUUCCGUGGACAGGUCGGACGCCCAGCAUUUCCUCCUCCUCCUCUUGCAUCACCAGGCUUCCCUCCUCCUCCGCAGGCUUCGCCUGGUUUUCCUCCCCCGAAUUACCACUAUCCUCGCCCUCCGAGCUCUUCAACUCCAGCACAAUAUCCGCCUCCACCGAGUAAUGGCCGCCGCCCGUCGACAACAAGUCCUCCACCACGAUUUGAUGCGCAUAAUGGUGGGAAUAUCGCUGCACAUCAAGCGGCCAUGGCCGCGGCUGCGCAGGAGCACAAGAUGCCGAUAUCUCCGCCGCCAAUGUCGCCUCCCCCAACGGCCGGGUUGCGUAUGGAGUUGAUGCCCGGGGGUGCGCCGACUGCUGGACAGUUUAAGGGUGCUCAGUCGGCGGCGGCGGAUGAUGUUGGCACGUUCAAUGGUGGGAGCUACAGGAUCAGUCAUCGUAGUACCAACACGAUUAUCACGUUCCAGCUGGCAAUGGGCGCGCCGUUGGAAGCAAGGCCGGGUGUCAUGAUUGCCAUGUCACCCAGUAUCACCCUCAAAGGAAACUUUUCUUUUUCACUGAAAAAGUUUGUUGUGGGGGGUGAAAUGGCCCAUUCCACUUAUACUGGACCCGGAGAGGUACUCUUUGGCCCGUCGAUUCUCGGAGACAUUACCACACUUCGUUUGAGCGAUGACGGGGAGUGGAGAGUUGGACGUGACGCUUUCCUCGCCUCGACUAGUGGUGUCAAGAAGAAGUAUCAAGCGCAGAGUCUCUCUAAAUCCAUGUUCUCUGGCGAAGGAAUGUUUACCUACAAAGUCAGCGGCAAUGGUUUGCUGUGGUUGCAAAGUUUUGGUGCUAUAGUCAAGAAAGACCUUGUGGAAGGUGAGGAUUAUUUCAUCGACAAUGGCCACUUGGUGGCUUGGAACUGUGAAUAUAAAAUGGAACGUGUCGCGUCAGGUGGUGUCAUAUCAAGCUUCAGUUCAGGAGAAGGCCUUGCUUGUAAAUUCAGAGGGCCUGGCACUGUCUACAUGCAGACAAGGAAUGUGAAUGCUUUUGCAGUGCAUAUUGGGGCAAGCACUGCAAGUGGAUGA